AAUUUCACAUUAGUGACAACUGACAACAUAUGAUUUUGACUUCCAAAAUAAAUUUUUUUUUUUAAUUCACUGAAAACAAAUAUUGAAAACCCAAGUAUUAAUGAAUUGAAUUUUAUUUUUACAAUUUUCCAAAGUAAAUAUUUGGCGUCAUGAACAAUUCAUACUCUAAAAUCAAUUGAAGGUAACUUUCUACUUUCAUUGAGGCUAAUGUCCUAGAAAUAACUAUAUAUUUGUUUGUUAAUAUACUCUUUGGAUACCAUAUCAGUAUAAAACUUGACUUACCAACAUGAGUUCAGUUUUAGCAGGAAGAGAACGAACAUUAGGUGAUGGAAUGGAUCAUUUGGAACUAGAAUUGAACGAAAACAGUUCCAAGAGAGAAUUUUUAUUUAAUUUACCUCAAAAACCAUCAUCUGCUAUUUUAAAAUCAAUGCGCCCCAUCAUUCCGACAUCUAAGAUCUAUAAAACAAUUCCAACAUACAUUCCAAAGAAAAAGAGAAUAAAGUAUCUCACAAGAAAGCCAAAAGAGCCUAAAUUCAUUCCUUAUGAACCUUACAAAGGAGCUGUUCAUCCUAUAAUAAUGAAAAAAAAGAAACCACUACCCAUACCACCAAAAGUAUCUAAGAACAAUGUAGAAAUCCAUCAUUUGGUUACACAAAUGAGUGACUUGAGGACAGCUGAAUUGGCCAAGGACAACUGUGAAACUGAAGACAUAAUUAUAUCUAAGAAGGACUGGGAAAAAGAAAAAAAGAAUUAUGAAAAUGAUAUAAAUAAUUUGAGAGAAAGUAACAGCGUUUUGGAAAAUCAGUUGAAACUACAAACUCAAGUAAAUAGUGAAUUGAAAACAUUACUUGUAGCUGCAGUUGGUGAAGACUUAGAAACUAGAGUAGCCCAUUUAACUGAAGACAAACUUCAGCUGGCAAGGGCACUACUGAAAUCUGCUAAUCAUUUAACUACAAAUCAAGAACAGACAGAAUGGCUUUCUGGGCAAUGUGAAGUUUGGAGAAGCAAAUUUUUAGCUUCUAGUUUGAUGGUGGAGGAACUAGCAAAAUGGAAAUCAGCUCUAACUGUCAGAAUCAAGGAACUUCAGUCUUUGAUGUCCGGUCUUUUGGAGGACCGUUGUCAAGCUAAGAGAUCCUUGAUAAGAACUUGUUAUAACCUCCAUGAAGUUACAAAACACUUCGAUUCAAAUGCCAAUAUACUGAAAUCAAUCAAGACUGUUGAUAUUAACCAUUUAUCAGAUAUCAAUUUUGAAAUGAGCCAAGUUGUUUUUGAUAAAUUUUUCAAAUAUAACGAGGAGGAAUUUGGGAGGUUUUACAACAAGAUUAUGGAAAUGUCAGAAAAAACUAAACAUGAGGAAAAAGCCAGACAAAUUUUGCAAGAUCCUAUUACAAUCUCAAUGAAUCAUGAGGCAUUGUGCAGAGCUGUAUUGGGAGUAGCAGGAACUGCAGCAAACGAUCAGCCUUUUCAGAAUUAUCAACCCCACUCCACAUGCUGUUCCCAUUGUACUGGAGAGUUUAAGGAGAUUUGAUAGUAUUGGAUUUUAAUGAUCAAUCCACAGUUGAAUGAUAUUUCUCAAUUGUGCUGGACUGUGCCAAAAAAAACCUUUUUCAGUGAUUUUCAAUAACUAGUAUUGAACAAUACGCAUACAUGAGAACAAAUUCAAAAAUAUUUACAUAUAAAAAUUUUCACAUUGCGUAAUGGAUUCUCUUUCUAUUACCUUUGUUGAUUUAUACUCGAGAAGCACAAGCUUCUGAAAAAAUAUAAAUCAUUAUUGGGGUCAAGUGAUUUGUAAAUAUAACAGCUAUUUCUAUUUUUAUUGGUUAACACUACAAUUGUAUAGUUUGAGAUAAUUUAUUAAUUCCUGUUGAAAUUUAAUAGUUUACAUAUAUUUUCGAUUGAA